AUGGAAAAUGCUUUUCAAAGAUUGCAAGAGUUAAGGGACUCCACAGACUUAAGUAAAAUAAAAUUAGCCAUAGAUAGAUUCAAGAGAGCAUCUGUGGAAGAGCCAACUUCCAGAAAGAUUUGCAUAGACCAAAUCCUUAAAUCAAUCUUCCAGAACAACCUCACGGCUGAACUUUUUGACAGAAUCGAGGAUCUAUUUGAAUUUAUCAGAGACCCCAGGAUUUUCCUAGACGAGCUUGAUCGUUAUACUGAGAACAAAUCGCUAGUAGUUUCAACACUCAUGUUUAUACACGAGUUGAAGUGUCAUUUCAACAUUGAGUACGACGAGUUCUAUCCGAAGCUCGCCUCAACAGUCCAGAAGGAAAAUUGUAUCUCAGAAGGAUAUUUGCUGUUUCUUUUAAAGGCACUGAAGGACAGCAGGAUUGACGAAGACUACAUAAAGCCAAUACUUCCAAGACUCAGUGAAGCUAGUGUUGAAGUGUCAUCUAAAAGCUGUGUAAAAGUGCUAUAUACCAUAAUAGUGAUUUUAAGGAUGCAUCCUGAGCUAUUUAGAACGGCUAAAGACCUAAACCAGCUGUACAUUCUUUUAAAUUCAUUUGAACCCAUAGCAAGAAUAGCAAAAAGAAUAUUUGUCGAAGCUGAAAAUCCUCAACUUAGGCCUGCGAUGGUUUUCCUUGAAAAUUUUGUGUUUCCCAGUCUUGAAAAUUAA